GAGGAGGACAUAUUCAUCGCGGAGGGAAGCAAGAGCACGCUGGAGCUCGGCAGCUGUCAGGUGCCAGGAGAGAAGAAGGUGGAGGGGACAGAGGAGGAGGACGGCCAGCUGUCUCAGAUGGAGGCAGAGUUUGUCCAGCUGACCUUCAGGAAGCAGGUGUCCUACAGAUUAAUUUCAGGUGUAAACCGUCUUUCAGAGAAGCAGGCUCUAGGAACAUUCGAGAGCCCAUUGUGGUGCGUCAUCACUGGGUGCAUCGGAGACGGCAAGAAGGGAAAUGCAAACAAUGUGGGAAGGGCUUUCAGCAGAAGUUUGCUUUCCACAGUAAAGAGAUUGUGGCCAUCAGCUGCUCCUGGUGCAAACAGGCUUACCACAACAAGGUGUCUUGCUUCAUGCUGCAGCAAAUUGAGGAGGCUUGUCCAAUAGGAGCUCACGCUGCCCUUAUAGUUCCACCCACAUGGAUCAUUCGGGUCCGACGCCAUCAGUCAUCUUUGAAGUCAAGUAAGAAAAAGAAGAGAACAUCGUUCAAGAGGAAAAGCAGCAAGAAAGGAGCAGAGGAAGGACGUCAGUGGAAGCCGUUUAUAAUCCGACCCAUCCCUUCACCACUGAUGAAACCACUACUGGUUUUUGUCAACCCCAAGAGUGGAGGAAACCAGGGCACAAAGAUACUGCAGUCCUUCAUGUGGUAUCUGAACCCCAGACAGGUGUUUGACCUGAGCCAAGGAGGACCAAAGGAGGGCCUGGAGUUGUAUCGUAAAGUCCAUAACUUGAGGAUUCUAGCCUGUGGAGGAGACGGCACUGUGGGCUGGAUCCUGUCUUGUCUUGAUGAACUGGCAUUACACCCUCAACCUCCUGUUGCUGUGUUACCACUUGGGACAGGCAAUGACCUCGCCAGGACCCUCAACUGGGGAGGGGGCUAUACAGAUGAACCUCUGUCUAAGAUCCUGUCCCAUGUUGAAGAUGGAACUGUUGUCCAGCUAGACAGAUGGAAUCUACAGGUUGAACCAAACCCCAAUGCAGGUGCUGAACCGGAUGAACAACAAACUGAUAAGCUUCCUCUAGAUGUUUUCAACAAUUACUUCAGUCUUGGAUUUGAUGCCCAUGUGACUCUCGAGUUCCACGAGUCAAGAGAGGCCAACCCAGAGAAGUUUAACAGUCGUUUUAGGAAUAAGAUGUUCUAUGCUGGGACAGCAUUCUCAGAUUUCCUGAUGGGAAGCUCCAAAGACCUGUCUAAGCACAUCAAAGUGGUGUGUGACGGGACAGAUUUAACAUCAAAGGUUCAGGACUUGAAGCUGCAGUGUCUGGUCUUCCUCAAUAUCCCCAGGUAUUGUGCAGGCACUACACCUUGGGGAAACCCCAGUGAACAUCACGACUUUGAACCUCAGCGCCAUGAUGAUGGAUACAUUGAGGUCAUUGGAUUCACUAUGACUUCACUGGCUACUCUCCAGGUCGGAGGUCAUGGUGAGAGGUUGAACCAGUGCAGAGAAGUCACCCUCACCACUACCAAACCUCUCCCAGUACAGGUGGAUGGUGAACCAUGCAGACUUGCUCCUUCUGUCAUCCACAUCAGCCUCAGAAACCAGGCAAACAUGGUUCAAAAGACCAAACGACGGACCUCACUACCACACCUCAAUGACCAUUCCACUGGGACUGAUUGUGGUUCCUGGUGACAGCGACUUAGAAACCUGCAGAGAACACAUCCAGCGUUUGCAAGAGGACUUCUGCUCUGUCCAUCACUCCUUCAAAUGCAUGGGAACGCAGGAGGAGGCAGCCAAGAUUCUUUCCUCGCAAAGAUUAUCUCCAAAGUGGUGUUUCCUUGACUCUACAACAGCAGAUCGUUUCUAUAGGAUAGACAGAGCACAGGAACAUCUCAACUACGUAUCAGAAAUUUCCCAGGAGGAGAUCUUCAUCCUGGAUCCUGAACUGGUUGUUAUGACAACAGUUGGCACCUCCCCGUCAGCCAUGCCAGACUUGGUUAAUCCUGCCUCCAGCCUGGUAAACAGCAGAGAUGUUGACUGAGUGUGUAAAGAACAAGGAUGUUAAGAAGCUGCAGGAGCUGCACCUGAAGGGAGCAGACCUCACAACGCUGGACUUAUCAGGCUGCAGUUUACUGCACCAUGCUGUCAGUACAGGAAGUAAAGAGAUGGUCCGCUAUAUCUUGGACAAUGCUCCAAGUGACCUGCUUGAUGUCACAGAAAAACUACAUGGGGAGACGGUUCUUCAUCGAGCUGCAUCUCUGUGUCACAGAACCAUCUGUCAUUAUCUGGUAGAAGCUGGAGCCUCCCUGAUGAAAACAGACCUACAGGUAGGUUCUGUACACACACAUAGAGACCAUUUACCCAGCUGUGCUGAUUACACGUUGCAAUUUCAACACACUGCAAUUUCAAUUUUUCAAUGAGGGAGUAUUUUUUAUGUUAUAAUAAGUAGCUUUGGUCUCCUCGUGAGAUAUCAGAUAUACUUUAGUCUAGAAACAGAGUUUCUAGAAAUGUUCCUAAACACGCAAUAUGGUUCACUCCGGUGUUUAUCCG